GCUCGCAUGUUUUGCAAGACGACGAAUGUCGAUGAGAAAAGAGAAUGGAAAAGAAGAUUAGAAAGGUGCAAAAAGGGGGACUGAAAGCGAGUUUAGUGGACACCUCCUGACCAUGAGUGGGUUCAGUUGUGAUUUCCACCUUCAUUGUGAAAAGUCUGAAAAGUCUUUCGGUGAGAUUUUGUGAAUUUUUUGGAGAGAAAAAAACCCACAAACAAGAUGCUGAAGAGAGGGGCUCUGGAUGAAUUUUGUGAUAUGCUGGAUACCUAUGGGGGGCGCGACAAGGUCAUCAGAACACUGUGCUACACAACGAAGCUAGCAUGUGGACUGUACCAGGAAUCCGAUCCGGAUUUCUCAAAGAGAUUGGGCAUCUUCAGUGGACGAAUGAGCGCUACGAGGGCAACAUUGCGUCUCCUCGAUGAUUGGCCAAUGUUCCAGCAAACCCUGCGCUAUGGACUGGGGCACAAGGAACCAGACAAGACGAUGGCUGUGAUGGGUGUUCUUGCCAAUAUUGUGGAUAACAUCUACUAUCCCGUUGAGAAGGUUUGCUGGCUGGCAGAGCAUAGAAUUAUCAGCGUAAAGGAACCAAGUAAAUGGGAUACAGCUAGCUCAAUUUGCUGGGUGCUCUCUAUAUUCCUCAAUCUUCUCAGAAUCCUGAGAAAUGUAACCCUUAUGGAGCAAUACAGCAAAACCCUUGCCAAGGCACCCAAUGAUAGCAACAGAGAAGAGAGACGAAAGUUGCUUUGGAAGCAACAGCAGGAGAUGCUGUCAAUUGUAAGGCUGAGUUUGGACCUAACCCAAGCCGUGAGCACCCUACCGGGUGGCUAUUUGUGGGGUGGGAAGUUGUCAACCCUACAGAUUGGUGUCAUAGGAACUGUUUCGUCCUUCAUCGGGCUAUACCAAUAUUUUGCGAAAAAACAUGGACCAGCGUAGAUUUAUUUUACUUUUUUCUUUCUUUUCGAUGGGGUGGCUUGGGGGUGGGAUUCUACACUCCAGCAAACAACUGGCACACACACACAAAAAUGGAUUUUAAUCCAAAACUUAAGGGGACGCAGUGAGGUCAUGAACGCACUCGUUUCCUUUUAGCCAUUGUAGUUUUUCAUUGUAAUGUAAUGUAAUAAAAAUUAUUUUAUCGUGUACAAGGAAGAAAUUCUAAAAGAAGACUUUAAAAUUUUUUUCUAAUGUGGUUGUAAAGAAUAUUUUGUUAAAAAGAAGAAAACAGAUUGUUAUACAAAACAAAGCAAUAAAGUAUUAUUAUUACUGAAAA